CAGAUGGUUGAGGUUUAAAUUGUGAUUGGAAAAAGUAGCUUUAACGUUGAUAAUAAAAAUUGAUUAAAACAGAUUAUUACAAACAUUAUAGGCCUUUAAAAUACUAGCUACUUAUGGUUUGAGCAAAAGUUGAUACACACAGAACGAAUGUAAUAUUUUCUACACCCCUUUCCAUUCAAUCGGUGGAUUUUUGUUUGCCGGUGCAAUAUCAUUGCACAUUUUCCUUGGCACGAACGUUGUAUAAGAAGCAAUGCUAAUCUCAGCAUUUUUUCGGAGUUCCACCCGGCUUUCUAACCUUACACUUACCACCACCAGACACUUAACCACUAGUGACAUACGAUGGAAGCGGAGAAAGACUGCAGAAGAAAAGAAAUCUGCCAAGAUCAUAGAAUAUUCCCCCAAAAAGAAGAAUACUGUCUAUCUACAGGGGACAGUCGAAAUUUGGCGUCAUAUGACCGUGAAGCAGUUGUCAACAUCGAUGAAUAGAUCAUUGGAGGAUGUUCAGGAAGCCAUGCUAUUUGUCAAGGAAGCGGACAAUAUAGAACCAAAUGCCCGUUUACAUGACAUCAAAAUUAUUCAGGAAAUAGCAAAAAAGCUUGGCACCCGCAUUCGAAUUGUAGCAGCUCCCUCAAUUGCUGAGCCAGAAGUGGAAAGCAAGGACAGGGAUGUUUUUCCCAGACCACCACCCACUCCAGAUCAAUUGAAACCACGUCCUCCAGUUGUCACGGUAAUGGGCCAUGUAGAUCAUGGGAAAACUACACUCCUGGACUCUUUAAGAGGCGCUGAUGUGGCGUCUGGAGAGGCUGGUGGUAUCACACAGCAUAUAGGUGCCUUUACAGUGAGCUUAGAGAAUGGCGACAGAGUGACAUUCCUUGACACUCCAGGUCAUGCAGCAUUUAGCUCGAUGCGCGCUAGAGGUGCUGUAGCGACAGAUAUUAUUGUAUUGGUAGUUGCUGCAGAGGAUGGUGUUAUGGCUCAGACUAAAGAAGUAAUUACUUUAGCUAAAGAAUCACAAGUUCCUAUCAUUGUGGCUAUAAAUAAGAUUGAUAAACCCGAAGCUGAUAUUGAGAAAACGAAGCAAGAAUUGUACCAAAUGGGCUUGGCUUUGGAAGACUUCGGCGGUGAUAUUCAAGUUAUACCAAUUUCUGCUUUAAAGGGCACAAAUCUGGAUCUACUGGCAGAGGCUGUUAGUACUCAGGCCACUUUGAUGGGCUUAAAAGGCGACUAUUCGGGGCUAAUGGAAGGUGUUGUGGUUGAAUCAAAAACCGAUCCCAGAAGAGGAAAGCUCUCCACUGCGAUUGUGAAAAGAGGAACGCUAUGCAAAGGCUCCGUGCUUGUGAGUGGUUUGUCACAUGCCAAAGUAAGAGGUCUGUUUGACCAUAAUGGAAAACCUUUGGAUAAGGCUGAACCCGGGACACCUGUUGAAAUUCUUGGCUGGAGAGAAUUACCCUUGGCUGGAGAUUUAAUACUCGAAGUUGAAUCGGAGAAAAAAGCUAAUUCUGUCCUGAGAUAUCGCCAGCAAGAAGCACAAAAGGAAAAGGCCGAGCAAAGUUUAGAAAAGAUUAGAAAAAAGGAAGAAGAACAUUUGGCUAAAUAUCGAGCGGAGAGAGACGCCCGCCGCCUGGCAGGUAGAUUCCGUUUACGACAUGGCCCCAGACCUAAGGAGAUGGUGGAAGAUGAUGGUGUGCCUCGGGUCAGCGUCAUAAUAAAAGGCGAUGUUCAUGGUUCGGUGGAAGCCAUUCUUGAUGUUUUGGAGACUUAUACUGGCCACGACAAAUGCCGUCUCGAUGUUGUCCACUAUGGUGUAGGCAAUAUUUCUGAAUCGGAUGUUGAGCUUGCCAAAUCAUUUAACGCCAUUAUCUAUGCCUUUUCAAUUGAGCCACCGACCAAAGUCGCAAGUGAUGUAUCCAUACGCAUGUGCAACAUCAUAUACCGCCUAAUAGAUGACCUUAAGGAGGAAAUCAGUAAUAAACUGCCGCCCAUGGAAGUGGAGGAGGUAUUAGGCGAAGCAAACGUUUUGCAACAAUUCUCUAUUACCGAGGGACGUAAGGAAGUACCUGUAGCUGGAAGUCGUUGCACCAAAGGUGUUCUGAAAAAAUCACAAAAAUUUCGUUUAGUACGAAAUGGAGAAGUCAUAUAUGAUGGUGAAUUAGAGUCCAUGCGCCAUUUAAAAAAUGAAGUGGACUCCAUAAAGAAAGAUGUUGAAUGUGGUUUACGCUUUAAAGCCACAAAAGUUAUACCGCAAGCCGGCGAUGUCAUUGUUUGUUAUUCCACUCGCACCGAACCGCAAAAAACUGAUUGGGAUCCGGGAUUCUAAGUUUUUUGCUAUGAAUGAAUUUGCGAUGGAAAUUUAAGGAAGUAAAAAACCCUUACUUUAAGAUUUGUUGUAUAAAGAGGAAAAUAAAAAAAGUUUAUAAAAGUAACUGAAACCAAAA